AUGUUUCUGCUGGUUGCCGGUUUCGUUGUUCUGAAGGAUAAGCUUUACGAUGAAGCGUACCAACACUUCAUGUUGUUGAUGAUGGCUGUGACGUUUAUGUCCACCACAUACCAUCGCACUAAAUGGGAACUGGCUGACUCAUAUUUGCAUAGGUUCGAUGGACUAAAAAACAUAUCAGCCUUCAUUUUUGAGGCAUUUUUGCAUGACCUCAAAAAGUUGGUGCAUUCUGGGAGGCACAGUCUGGUACAAGCGGUCCAUCGUUUGCUGGAACUGCAACAUGUCAUUGUUGCCAAGCGUCAGCAAAACAAACCGGUGGGCGAACCAUUGGUUCGCACGGUUGGUGUCGACACCAUAACGACCGUGCGGCAGAUGCGAAAAAACUUUCGCGAUCAAUGGUUUAUGACCAACUCGGGCGAGGUGGUCCGUUACGAAACGACCACAAAAACGGUACAGGGGUACGUGUUUUUCAAACAGGUGCUUGCCUUCACGGAACCUUGCCUUUCAACGGAGGCGAAUAUUUACUCUGUCAACAUGGUAGAUUUGAAUAAACUGCAACACUACGCCAGCAGUAGCCUGAUGUGCAAGGUAGCUGCAGUGGAGACAGGACAGGAAGGGGUCGAUGGUCUCGGGGAGCGAGGAUCGAAUGGUGGUGUUGGCGGUGAUACGGACGGUGGUGUUGGCGGUGGUACGGACGGCGGUGUUGGCGGUGGUGUUGGUGGUGGUACGGACGGUGGUGUUGGCGAUGGUGGUAGAAGAGGUGGUGGUGGUGCUGGUGGUGGUGCUGGUGGUGGUGCGGGUGGUGGUUGCUGUGCAGGUGGUUGUGGAGGUGGCUGUGACGGUGGCGCUGGUACAUCCCUGCGACAACCAAUAAGCCUUACUGUACUGAUGAACGGUUCCAUUAGGGCGCCCUUCCGGGUUCUGAAUUAG